GAACCGAAUAUCAAACACUUUGCCAUUGGUUUGGGAAAUAUAUUCCGAUGCUUGAAGAUCUUACUAAAACUGCAUUAUAUGCACUGAUUCAGAUCUGUCAACUUAUCCGCUUGUUUGGAAGAAUAUUUUAGUCUGUUUACCACGCCUUUUUUUCAUGCAAGCAAUCGCCGCUCUUACCUCUUUAACGCCACCGAUCGUGACAAUCAUUUCUUGAAAAUGUUCAACGGGACCCUUGCAAUGAUAUAGAAUGGUAUAAAAACAUGCUGGAGAAUCUUGAUAUCAUUCCAUCCCCCUUCCGACUAACAACGACAACACAAACAACAAUCAUGGAGUAUAUGCCAGAACUCUCACCAUCAUCAUGCUCUGAUGAGACAUUGAUCGGUACACCUGAAUCACCUUCAAAGACUUUAUUAGAUGCUAUGAAUAUACUCAAAAUCAUUCCCCUGCAAGAACAAAACCCUUUUGGUACCCUUAUACCUGAACCGGUUGAGGUAGUCCUUCAUCAAGAGUCUGAGAAAAAGCCUACCCGACCACAACUUCAACGAAGGAACGCAAUCUCUAAUCAAUCUUCCAAUGAUGACACAAUCGUUUGCCAUGGUCCUUUGUAUGGGGCGGUAUUUGGAAAUGUUUCAGGAGGAGCGGGUAAUCUUGCAUUUGAAUCAAGUUAUUUCGCAGCAAAGAAGUCAAGCAUAAAAAAGCUUGAAUCAAGCGUUUCCUCAUCACCUUCUAUUGCUUACUAUCUUUCUCCUACGUAUGGAUUGCCUGAGAACCCGUUUGAUUCUUUACCUUCCCCCUCUGUAAAGGAAGCGGCAGAUGUUCCGGACGAUGUACGAUCCGCUUUCUCAUCCGAUGAAUCAAGCGAAAGUGAAGAAGUCAUUGCUUCCUCUUCUCGCAUUCGCAAAGUACGCAGAUCUCCCUUGACCAGAUCACCUGCAUCAUUUUCACUUUCCACUCUUUUGGAUCAUGCUCCAAGUCCUCCGAUCCGAUCAAAUGACGAAAAAGCUUCACUUUCUGCACCUUGUGGAGAAAAUUUGAUUCGAGCAAAUAGAAGAUUCUUUGAUGCAAUUCAAGCCAACAACGGCGAAGAAAAAGAGAAUUUCCAUCUAACGUUACCUGGAGAAGAAUUUGAUAAAUUCACAACCUUUAAACAAAGAAAAAGACAAUCUUCACAACGUAUCACAUUACAGCAAGUUGCGUUGCAGGCUGGUCAUAUUGCUUCUUUGCGUAGGCAUGGAUUGGGCGUCGUUAGCAGAUAAUGAAGGAAAGAGAGCAAAUUGUACUUUUAUAAAUAUACCUACUCUAUCUUGCAUAAAUUAAAAAG